UAAGUUUCAAAUGCUUCAAACUCUCUAUUAAGUUCUCAAGUCUAUAAAUCCUUACCCUCAACUUUUAAAGUUUGCAAAUUUUCAAAAUUGUCAAAUCGCCACUUCUCAAGUUAGAGACUCAGGUUCAUAGAUUGCCUACAUCUCAAAGUAAACGCAAGUUCUCGAAUUUCUAAAUUUGCUCUUCAAGUCCAUACAUUAAGAAAUUCUCAGCAGGUUUAUAGAUUGCCUACAUCUCAAAGUAAAUGCAAGUUCUCGAAUUCUCAAAUUUGCUCCUCAAAUCCAUACAUUCAGAAAUUCUCAGCAGAACAUAAGAAUGUAUCAUUUCGAAGAAUCACCCUUUCAAAGAGAUCGAAAAUUCGCCAGAAACUGCGCGGAUAAUCGUCCCCGGUUUUCACGUGGCUUCUUAGGCUUACGGAUUCCGCAGUUCGCACGAAACAAGGAUAGACAGAGAGGAAGCUAGUUGCAGGAUAAUUCGCAGGCUCAAUUUCCGUUGGCUUUUGCUCGUUGCUUUUUCUCUCUUGUCGAUUAUUUCCCCACCGAAGAGGCAAGAAGGCGUCCAGUCAAGUGUAAGGUAAAGUAACGAGCACGCUUUUUCAAAAUGACCAGGUACAACUUAGCACCCCCUGGUAGGGCGCGUAGAUUCGAAGGGUACGGUAAAAGAGAAACGAGCUGGACAUCCACUUAGCACGCCGCUUAGACGCGAAAACAUCUGUAUUGUCGCCGCAUUAGCGCCAGAGGACGAGUCCGAUGAUUACCGUGGAAAUUGUAAUCUUUUCACGUGGAAGUAACCCCGUGGAGGGAACUUUUUAAAACCUGCGACUCGGGGAAGGAUCAUUCGUUUUGCUUUCGCUGUAAACAGGAAACGAGAUCCUUGCGGAAAUUCGAAAGCAUUAGAGCUGGCCAUUUUCGAUUCGUUCCGGGAAAAUCGAGUGUUUAGAAAACAUGGGAUUGGAAGGUUGAUUGUAAGGAUUUGGGUAAUUUUGAAAUCGUAAAUUUGUGCAGUGUCAAGAUCUAUCAGAACUUGUUCCACAAAUUUUUCAAUCCUUAAGUCUACAAAUUUUUAAAUUCCCAGAUUCUUCGAAUUUUUGAAUUACUGAGUGUCUUCAAAUUUGUGAAAUAAUAAAAUAGAAUUAUGGUACAGUAUAAUUCAGAUCAAGUAGAUCAACCAAAAUUGUUCGUACUACUUUUCUCUUAGCAAUACGUGCUAUAAAGCUGCAACCAUAUAAUACCAUAUGCCUACAACCAUAAUAGAAGCAGAUAGUCCACAUAGUUAACACCUUCUGAUGCAUCUCUAACUGACAGACAACGUUAAACUCGAACCAGUUUCAGCUAUAAAGAACCGAAAUCAUGAAUCGUUUAGAGGACGAUAACUGGUCGCAAAAUCGCGUUCUAAACGCCACCGAUUAGCAUACGAAUGCCAAAAUACGCGAGGAUAAGGCAAAAGGAAUCACCGUGUAUCUAUUCGGUUUGGUGCUAAUGAAAUUCACGAGUGCGUCGAACAAAAGAGGAUGUCCUACGUCGGAGUAGUAUGUCGUUCACAGGAGACCGUCCUAGCGUUUUCUAUGGGUGCACCAUGCUUUUCUGACGACGCCCUUAAAACCGGUGGGUACAUACGCGGCCAUGGGAUUCGGUUCUCCGGAUCGGGCCACGAUUAACGUACGGAUUAGGAUUAAGGUUGGCACAGAUUUCGCUGCGGACUACGGGAUUGAAGCGUGCAUGGAUCCUUUAGGGGGGUAAGAAAGAGGGGGACUCACAAUGUCCAGGGUACGUGCGCGACCCUACGAAUAAACCUUUUCACGCUCGGUUCUCCACGUAUCGCAUCACGAUCCUCCCCACCGAGGACCACCGACAACAAGCCUGAUGACAGUCAAUGCACAUUACAACGGUUUUAUGUUAUUAAUACGGACGCAUUGGGCGGGAUUUGAAUAAUUGAACAGAUCGGGCGGAUCAAGGGGAGAACUUUUCGAACGAUUUUGAACAACCAUCUUGCGAUAAGAUUCCCUGAUUUUAUCUUCUUCUAUGAUCGGUUUUUCCACAAUCGUUUGUACAUGGUCUUUAUAAUUUUUAUUCAAGUUUGAACGGAAUGUAAAUUUAGUUCUUAUGAUAUAGAUUGAAGAGAAUUUUCAAAAUAGUAUCGAUAUACUUUCCAUCAUUUUUUGGACGGCCAUCUUGUUCUUAUAAGAGUCCGUGACUCUGUCUUCUCUUAUAGCUUGUUCAAUAAUGGUUCUGUCACCCAUUAAGUAUUUUGUAAUUCAACUCAGGUUUCAACGAUGUUUAAAUACAUGCAAUUGCUAUAAUUUUAAUAAAAGAGAACAAUCAGAACAAUACCGAUAUUCACCUUUUUUCUGAGCAACGAGGUAUCACAUAGCAACAGAGAGAUCUUUGAUGAAACUUGUAAAACUACACUCUCGAGUGGAUGCCAAUAAAAAAUAACUUUGAAGACAUACUAUGAAAAUGUCUGUAACUUCUGUAACUUCUAUAAAUUUCCUACUAUUCUGUAACUAUCAAGUUAUAUAACUAUAUGAGGUAACAUUACACGAUUUAAAGCGAAAAAGCUUAAACCAAUGAAUGAAACGUAGAUAGUCCGGCGAGUGUACACACAUGUGCAUAUUUGAAAGGGUGGAGUGCUUUCGACGGUACAAUCGAAACAAUUUUUUUCCCAUAUAAUACCUAUUGUUCAGAUUUAGGGAUAUUAUAAACUUUGAUGUAUGGAUUACACGAAACCCCCGAAUUAACAAAUGGAAAUUCAAUGCUGUCCGGUUACUUCUAUCGCUAUUUGCAUAAACAACGAAACGCGAUUCGAUGCGAGUUGCAACGUUAAACCUCGCAUCGAACUUCGAAAUUCUGUAACGUUUCAGUGCAUAAUAUCGUGCAUAUCCGAUGUACAGCCAAACAUAGAAACGAAUCGUGUGUAACUCGACUAAUCGCGAAUACGCUAAUCACUUCGCUGAUCAUCGCAGCGUAUUAAAAUAUUGAUUUUGGGAUAUUUGGAAUUUGAACGGUGGAGGAUUACCGGUUAUUUCAAGCUAUUGGCUAUUAUUUUUCAAAUAUUUAAUUACUCGAUCACUGGUAUACAGUAUAUAGAUACAGAAUGCGAAACGAUUGUUAAGAUAUAAAGCGAAUACUGAAAUUAAUAGCGUGAAGAAUUUUGUAUUACAGUAGUGUAGACACAAAAUUUGUAUGUAUCAUAUAAUAAUAUAGACACAAGGUUUUUAUAUAGUACAUGAAAAUAAAGAUGCAAGAUUUGUAUAUAAUACAUAUACAGUAGUGUAAUAUAUUAUAAAAUAUUUUUAUAACGGGUUUAUGUCUUCAUCCGCUUCAAAAUGGCUCCUUUAAGAAGCCACACACUGCUGAAGACAUCUCUGUUAAAAAAAAAGACAGACAAAUUAUUUCACUUGCACGAUUUUAUUUGUUGACAUGCUUGUUACUAGUACUAACUCAUAAACAAUAAAUAGGAGACCAAAAAUAAAAUUAUAAAAAUGAGAAGUGUUAAUCCACAUCCAGUAAAAGAAUUUUAUAAAAAAGUGGCUAUAGUAUGAACUAAAAUAAAGUUGAUCACGAUAAUCAUAAUUUAUCUACCGAGGAACCUGCAAAAGCGGCAAGCCCAGUCGACAACGCUGGAAUCCGAGAAAACGGAUAAAAGUCGCAGAUAAAUUAGAAAAAUAAUUGGCGAUUAAAAAGCGCGAGUCCCGAGGACGAAAGGGAAAUACGUACUUAUUUUCAGAAACAACAUCGAGCAUUCGAUCAUGCCCGUCCGAAGGUAAACGCUUCCAGAAGCAUGAUUAAUUCGUGAAUACGAUUCGCAAAGCAAACUCGAAAAGCUCUGUAAUACGCGAGACACGUCGUGAUUAUCCGUUGUAAAUACGCGUGUUUCCCACCGCGUUUUCCCGUUUCCGUUGCAGCCGCCUCUCCACCCCCGUGUAGUGCGUGCAGAGGGUGGUAGAGGGUUUGAAAGGGCAUUCUGUCGAGCCGUUCGACGUUCCACUCCCACUUUUUCCACCCCAAACCAUCAUUGUCGUCAAGAGAUUGCACCUCCGCCUACAUCGUACCGGAAACCAUCGUCGAAGCUCUUUCCGUCUCUCUCCCUGUCUAACCCCCUCUUGGCCCUCCGUCGUUCCCUCUCCGACACGGCGCACAGGGGAUGUCGAGCGACGACGGGUGGUGGAAAAGUGGAUGGAGCCAGGGUGAGCCACGCCUCGUUCCACUCGAGGCAAAACUUUGCCGGAUAUAUUCGAGGGUGUCUCUGUCCCUCUGUCACUAACACGGGGGUGGGCUAACUCGUAGCUAGAUGCCGGCGAAUCUAAGCGCACCCCCAGAGGUCAACGCGUACACCGACUUGGACCAGUCGCCGGAUAUACUUUAUCAACGGUGUCACUGCACAUCUGGACUUCUCCGCGCGCGUCCAAUCCUCGUGGCUGUUUCGCCGGUACAAUUACACCGUAUCAACCCGGUUACACUCUGGAUGCUUGUGAUAGACUCUUCGUGUUGACCGAUCAGUGGUGUCUGUGAUGAGACACUUCCUCAUGCUGUUACGGACUUGAACAUUUUGUGAGUUCCCCGUGAUGUGUGAUUGUUUAUAGUAGGGUGAUCGAAGAAUGUCUUUCUACCGAUUUUGAUCCGACCGAUUGAUGUUCGCGAGCAGUUGCAACGAGAAGAACACGAGUGACAAGUUCAGAUACUACUCCCAUAACAUGGUAGAGAGUAUAUACGCGAGUGAUUCGCCCAGAUCGCGUUCUCCGAUGACCGAGCCAUCGAGUCCUCUUCAAGAUGGUCCCGGGAUAUCCGGUUACAGCCACCGUUACCUCUACAACUACUCCCCAGAGAGUCUGCAACAGAAGCUGAAGAGCGACGAGCAGAACGUGGGAAGGCGACACAACGAUUCGCGGGAAAAAGCGUUCUCCAGGAGUCCCGUAAGUCCUGAGGAAACCAGAUUCAGACCUCGCGAUGUUUCGAGACCGAGUUCCUCGGCUACCAUGUCGUCACCCACGUCUGCCUUCACUAUCGAGAACAUCUUGGCACCUAGACCCAUAGGAAAUAUGACACCGACCAGCACCACGGGUCUUGGUUCUAUUAUACAGAACCCUGAAACUGUUGGGUCACCCUCGAGGACCACGGCGAUACAUCCUCUUCAGCAGCAGAUUCAUCAUCUGGCGUUUACAUCCGCUGACUUGUUUGCUGCAGCAUACCCCAGUUUGUACUCCGGAGGUUACGUAGCAGCAAUGGCAGCCGCCGGCGUUUCUCUCCACGGACAACCGGCCUUCUACCACGCUGCUCAUCCUUACCAAAUAAAUCCAAAUGCCGGGGCUGUCGGUCCCAUGGCAAAACGGAAGCGUCGUCAUAGGACGAUAUUUACAGAAGAACAAUUGGAACAAUUAGAAGCCACCUUCGACAAGACGCAUUAUCCUGACGUGAUCCUGAGAGAACAACUCGCGCUGCAAGUCGAUCUCAAGGAAGAACGAAUCGAGGUGUGGUUCAAGAACCGACGUGCCAAGUGGCGUAAACAGAAACGGGAAGAACAGGAACGUAUGCGGAAACUUCAGUUGGAGCAACGUCAACGUACCGACGACAACGUGCCCACGGCUACGGUCAAAGUGGCCGACCAUUUAACCCUGGCCAGACAGCAACAACAACAGCAACAACAGCAACACGAACAAGACACUGACAGUUCGGAUCUCGAAGUGGCGUAGUUGAAAUAUUGGUUUUAGGCUUUUUCGUUUUAUCUUCCCGUUUCUUCUUUUUUUUUCAUUGACUGUUAAGAGGACCCUGAACCAACAGGUUCUCCCCUUCGCGCAGGGGACGUGUAAAUAAUGAAAUUAGGGUGUAAAUAUAUUUGUACAUAGAGCUUACGCACGAUGUGUAUAAUAGGUAGUGAAAUAAAUUAUUGAAUUCAAGAUACCAAG